AUGGGGAGCUUGAGCCUGGUGACGAUGAUGCGUGGGGCAUGGCUGGCAGUGCGGCACUCGGUGGUGGUGCCGGCGCUGCAGGUCGCCGUGUACCUUUGCGCCGCCAUGUCGCUCAUGCUCUUCGUCGAGCGCCUCUACAUGGGGCUCGUCGUUGCAGGGCUGUGGCUCCGGCGCCGCUGCAACCGCCGCCUGAACUCCGCCGCAGACGAAGACGAUGACAAGAAGCUGAUCAUGGCGGAUUCCGACGACCUGGAGUCCACCGGCGCAGACCGGCCCAUGGUCCUCGUGCAGAUCCCCAUGUUCAACGAGAAACAGGUGUAUCGGCUGUCGAUCGGCGCGGCGUGCGGGCUGUGGUGGCCGAGCGAGAAGCUAGUGAUCCAGGUGCUGGACGACUCGACGGACGGCAGCAUCCGGUCGCUGGUGCAAGCCGAAUGCUGGCGGUGGGCGAGCAAAGGCGUCCACAUCCAGUACGAGAACCGGAGCAACCGGAGCGGCUACAAGGCCGGCGCCAUGCGUGAGGGCCUCAAGAAGCACUACGCCAGGGGGUGCGAGUUCGUGGCCGUCUUCGACGCCGACUUCCAGCCCGACGCCAACUUCCUCCGCCGCACCGUGCCACUCCUCCAGACCGACCCGGGCGUGGCCCUCGUGCAGGCCCGGUGGCGGUUCGUCAAUGCCGACGAGUGCAUCCUCACCAGGAUCCAGGAGAUGUCCCUCGACUACCACUUCUCCGUCGAGCAGGAGGUGGGCUCUGCCUGCCACGCCUUCUUCGGCUUCAACGGGACUGCCGGGGUGUGGCGGGUCCAGGCCCUGGCCGAUGCCGGUGGUUGGAAGGACCGGACCACCGUGGAGGACAUGGACCUUGCCGUCAGGGCCAGCUUAAGGGGCUGGAGGUUUGUCUAUGUAGGAGAUGUUCAGGUCAGGAAUGAGCUGCCCAGCACCUUCAAGGCUUACAGGUACCAGCAGCACAGGUGGUCUUGUGGUCCGGCAAACCUGAUGAGGAAGAUGUUCAGGGAGAUCGUGGUCAGCAGGCAGGUGUCGGCAUGGAAGAAGCUGCACCUCCUCUAUGGCUUCUUCUUCGUCAGGAAGGUGGUGGCGCACCUUGUCACCUUCCUCUUCUACUGUGUUGUCAUCCCAGCAUGCGUGCUGGUGCAAGGGGACGUGCGCCUGCCAAAGUAUGUGGCAAUGUAUGUCCCCGCCGUCAUCACCCUGCUCAACGCCGCCUGCACCCCUAGGUCAUGGCACCUGCUCGUCUUCUGGAUCCUCUUUGAGAACGUCAUGUCCAUGCACCGCUCCAAGGCCACCAUCAUCGGCCUCAUGGAGGCCAGCCGCGCCAAUGAGUGGGUCGUCACCGAGAAGCUCGGCUCGUCAUCUACUACUGUCACUGCAACGACAACCACCGCCGCCGCCAAGGGGAAGAAGAAGAGGGAUCAAAACCAAAGUUUCCAUGCUGCGGAGAUCCUCAUGGGCCUCUGCAUGCUCUACUGUGCCAUCUACGACAUCAUCUUCGGUCACGAUCACUUCUAUGUCUACCUUCUCAUGCAAUCCGCUGCCGCCUUCAUCAUCGGAUUUGGCUAUGUUGGGACUCAAUAAUUAGUCACAUACUACAAGCUAGCUAAUAUGUUGGCUUGUAUUCCAUCUAUAUAGUUUGUUUCAGGACAUUUUUUUUUUAUCUUCGGCAGUUACUGUUGGUACAUAUGGCUCAUAUUCAGAAAUUCGCUUGUACAGAAAGACAAAAUGAUUGCUUAACAAUGGAAGAUGAUUAGAAAAAAGAUCGGGCUAUAGGUUUGGAACUUGGAAGUAAAACUUUCAGAUUGAUAUGAAUAACAUGGGAAAGCAAAUUUCACUCAACCAUGGCAGGCAUCGUACACUUCCUAUAUAUAUGAUAUGAAUGACACAACUUCUUAGAAUGUUGCAGAGGGAAGACUAACAGUGGAAGAUGAUUAGAAAAAAGAUAGGGCUAUAGGUUUGGA